UAAACUUACAUGUUUCUCUGUGACUGUGUUCCAGAAAGUAGCCGCAAGGACAUUGCCAGAGUCAUCAGCAAUCAACCACAGAAUCUAUCCAGGAGAACACACUAUGUUAUAGAAACUUAUAAAUCAGAGGCGUAAUUCAAAAUUCCAUUUCAGGGAUACAUGCUCAGUUGAUCUAAUUUUGAUUUAAGAGCCAACACAUAAAUUUAUUGACCCAAUUGCAGGGCUGCUAAGUUAGCACAAGAUCUCAGCCAUUCUCAAGGCUGCAGAAUAAGAGUAGCGAUCAAUCCCAACAUCAUGUGAUUGCGUCUCCCCAAAGAACUUUAUGGGACCUUCACUCAAGCCAUUCUAUAGCACAAGAUCUCAGCCAUUCUCAAGGCUGCAGAAUAAGAGUAGCGAUCAAUCCCAACAUCAUGUGAUUGCGUCUACCCAAAGAACUUUAUGGGACCUUCACUCAAGCCAUGCUGUGAAAAACCAGUCAAAACAGACUUCCAUGAGACAGAACCUUUCAGGUCUAUUUAUUCAAAACAACCUCAGCAGAUUAACCAUGACUUUUUCAUUAGACUUCAUAUACAUAGCUAUCAAAGAAUUUGAUAUUGUCGCAGAACUCUCUAGACUCUAGCCCUCACUUUAAUACCAAGCAACGAAAACAUUUAUCAUGGACCUAAAAUGACUCUUCAAAACAGGCAGUGAUGAACUGAUGAUACUAGUAUACGUAUAUAAAUCAGGUUCAAAACCAAUCUUUUGCAUAUUAAAGAAGAAUUUAAGAGCAAGCCUUUCCUUGUUAUACAGAAGUUAAGCCUUAACAUGUUAUUCCCUUCCAGUUACCAAAUCAUGCACAUAAAAAACACCAUAGAACACCUUCUCAGCACGUUCCAGCGAUCCACACUCAGAAUAUGAUGUAUGGAGAGCAUUAUAAAAACUCAGCCCAUGCUUGAUGACCAAAGUCACCAAAGAGUGCAAUUGCUAAUUUGCUCCCACAAAUAACCUCACCAUUGCAAGCAACCCCGUUGAGAAGUCUACCAAAAUGUACUCAUCAACCACCGUCUCAUGUCGCUGAACAAAUCCCAAGUGAGACCAAAAUACCAAUGUUUACACUCUACAGAACCAGCAAUCAUACUAUUCCAAAAAAACAAUAUUUCUCCGAGACAUUUCAUCGAACACUUGGUGUGCGAUCCCCAAAAGCCCAUAUUUUGCAUACCCAAUUAUGGUAUUAUUUGCAAUUCAUGUACUUUUCUACAAUAACCAACUUUAAUUCCAGCAUUUUCCAAAAUCAUCUGAUAAAUAUGAUCGUUUUUUUUUAUAACCUGCAUUUUAAAAUUUUGGAGGGGAUAAUAAAGAGGGAAGAAUUAGGGCCCAGAUAUUUAUAUACUAUUUGGGCCCCCAAAAUAAAAGAAAUUAUUGGGUUUAGCCUAAAGCAAGAUUUCCCAAAAUUUCUCUCCUCGUUUUCUGCAACUUCUGCUGGUGAAUGGUGUUGGCGAAGCAGAAUGGUGUUGGCGAAGACAAGCUUAUUAUUUAAGUUUCUGAUGCAUGGUAUCCUUGUGCUCUUAAGAUGAGGAAAAGUUGCUAUCUUUUAUGGUAUUCCCAAUAGAGACGACGUGGAUCCUGUAGCUCAGAGAAUUCAGCAUGUGUGAAAUCUAAGGGAUAUUGUGCCUGAAAUAUGGAUGCGUGAAUUCGUGAGAAUUAGAAAAUUUCAAACUUAAAUCCUCAUUCAAAGUUACCAUUGUAACUUUGUAUUAGUAAUAGAUGGAGGUGAAAACAGAAAGAAGUAGGCCGAUUGCAGCCUUUAUGGCCUUUGGCACCAAGGGUGAUGUCUACCCUAUUGCCGCAGUAGCUGCAGUUUUUGCCUGUGAUCAGAGAAAGUAUGAAGUUAUUUUCAUCAGUCACUCUGCCGAUCAGGACUUAGCUGCAAAUUUGGCUGUAAGUAAUAUAAGAUAUAUUCCAAUUUCUUCUCCACCGGUUCUUCCUCCUCCAAUAAGUUGUGAGAAUGAUAAGUCUCUCGCUCUGUCAUUCUAUAGUGAGAAAAACACGGUUACAAGGGAACAUAGGCGGGAGUGUCUUACAGUCAUGGAAAAGAUCUAUGGAGAUGGCCCGAGCAUGAAGGGUGAUUUUGUUUUGAUCAAUUUUUUCGCUUUAGAAGGAUGGAGUCUUGCUGAACUGUUUCAUGUUCGGUGUGUUGUUGCAGCUCCUUAUGUCGUAAAUUACACUGCUCCCACUUCGUUUCAGAGGCAGUUCAGGCGAGAACUUCCACUUCUUUACCAGUACCUGAUAGAGGCACCUGAUAAUAAGCUUGGCUGGAAGGAUGUAAUUCAUUGGAUGUGGCCACUAUUUACUGAAGAUUGGGGAUCAUGGAGGAGCGAUGAACUGAAUCUUAGCCCUUUGCCUUUUACAGACCCGGUGACGGGUCUUCCUAUGUGGCAUGAAAGGCUGUCAUCUCCCUUACUGUUGUAUGGAUUCAGCAGAGAGGUUGUUGAGUGUCCUGAUUAUUGGCCUUCAAAUUCUCGCGUUUCUGGGUUUUGGUUUCUCCCUUCCAAGUGGCAGUUUUCAUGCAGCAGCUGCAGCGAUAUGAUUGAUUCAGGAGGGGAACUCUGUUCGACUCAUACAGGGCUACAAAGCUUUCUUGAUGCUAAUUUAUCAAUGCCUCUUGUUUUCAUAGGUUUGAGCUCAGUUGGUAAUUUGGGUUUCUUGAGGAAUCCUAGAGCAUUGCUUUGCAUCUUACAAGCUGCUGUAGAGAUCACCAAGUGUAGAUUCAUCCUUCUGACAGCUAAAUAUGAACCACUGGAUGUGGCUGUUCAAAAUUUUGCUGUUGAAGUUGAUUCAUUAAUACUAAGUCAAAGUAUCAGUCUAAACUAUGGGAUUUCUUUGUGCAAUGACCAUUUAUUUUGCUUUUCGGGUUCUGUUCCCUACAGUUGGCUCUUCCAAAAAUGUGCAAUUGCAAUCCAUCACGGAGGAAGUGGAUCCACUGCAGCUGCACUGAGAGCUGGAAUACCUCAAGUUGUAUGCCCCUUUAUGCUAGAUCAAUUUUACUGGGCCGAAAGGAUGUGCUGGCUUGGAGUAGCUCCUGAACCCUUAGGAAGAAAUAAAUUGCUUCCCGAAAAUUGUGAUGACAUGAACAUCAGGGAAGGUGCUUAUGCUUUGAAGAAUGCUAUAAAUCAUGCUAUGAGUCCUGAUAUAAAAGCACGAGCUCUAGAGAUUUCAGAGAAAAUUUCUCAGGAGAAUGGAGUCUCAGAGGCUGUCAGAAUUCUCACAGAAGAAAUAGCUAAUGGCAAUACUGAAGCUGCCGCCACUUUAAGUAUAAUAUACAGAUAGAUAGAUAGAUAGAUACAAAAGACGAGACUCACGUUGACAAAGCAGUCAUGGAAGAGCAAGCGAAG